AUGACAGUCAACAAAGCCAACGGCACCGCGAAACCAAUCCUCCGCGUUGGUCUAAUUGGGUGCGGGGAAAUCUCGCAAGUGGCUCACAUUCCUAACCUCAAUCACAUGUCGGAUAAAUUUGUCACAACCUACCUCUGUGAUGUCUCUCAGCAGGCCCUCUUGCACUGUGCCGCCAAAGUAGCCCCAGGGUCACCCAAGACGACAACAGAUGCUGAUACACUUUGCUCCUCGGAAGACGUUGAUGUUGUCAUCAUUGCUACCGCAGAUGCCUUCCACGUCUCUCACGCAAUCCUUGCUUUGAAGUAUGACAAGUACUGCUUGCUAGAGAAGCCUGCAGCUCUUAACUACCGAGAUAUCGAUAUCCUUUCAAAGGCCGAAUCAUCCUCCAAGGGUAAGGUUUUCGUGGGUUAUAUGAGAAGAUACUCAUUAGCCUUUCUGGAAGCUGUGAAGGAGGUAAAGGAAAUUAAAAACAUACGGUACGCUCGAGUUCGCGACAUUAUUGGUCCCAACUCCGACUUUGUGGAUCAAUCUGGUACCUUCCCUCGAAGGUUUGAUGAUAUUUCCAAGGAUGAUAUCGAUGAGCUAAAUGAGCGGAAAGAGGACAUGUUUGAGCAAGCUUUGACGAAGGAGUUUGACGUGGAGGCAACACCAUCAUCCAAGUUUAUGUUGAGUCUGGGAAGCCAUGAUCUUUCUGCAAUGCGGGAAUUGCUCGGCAUGCCUAAGAGCUGUUUAGCUACCUCAGCUGCACCUCCAGGCAUCUGGACCGCACUAUUUCAGUACGAUGGGUUUCCUGUUACAUAUGAAUCUGGAUUCAAUAACAUACCCGCCUUCGACUGCUGCAUCGAAGUCUUCUCCGACGACAAGACAAUUCGGAUCAACUACGAUUCCCCGUACAUAAAGGGGUUGCCAACCACUUUAACUAUCCGGGAGAAGGUUGAAGGAAGUUUUGGCCGUAGCGGCUUUCAGGAGCGAGUGAUACGACCCACGUACGAGGAUGCGUACACUUUGGAAUUUCAGACGUUUUAUGAAUGUGUCCUGAGUGGAGGAACCCCCAAGACAACAGUCGCAGAUGCGAGGGACGAUAUAGAGUUAUACGCUAUGAUCUUGAAGGCUGAUCGCACGAACAGCACUUGA